CUCUCUCUCUCUCUCUCUCUCUCUCUCUCUCUCUCUCUCUCUCAAAUUCGUGGUUGAUCAGUGAGUUUGUGGUGUCGGUUGGAUUUUGCUUCGCGGUCUCUCUAUCACAUCUUCUUUGCGUGUUUUUUUCCCCCUAAUUUCACAAAUUUGGAGACAUGGAAACACUGAUGGUGAUUGAGAGACUGACUUCUAUCUGGUGGCGCGAGUAUGACAGAUAACCAAGAACCGAUCUUGGCUAAGGAUGAGCAUCUGGGCAGCAUUCCAGCUCCGCUCAUCAAGCUCAAACGCUGGCAAUGGUGGCUCCUUGUGGUCGUAAACAUCUUCUUUCUCAUCGGCGGUCAGGCUGCCGCUGUCCUUCUAGGGAGGUUUUAUUACGAUCAGGGUGGGAACAGCAAAUGGAUGGCCACACUCGUUCAGACAGCCGCCUUUCCUAUCCUCUGCCUCCCGCUUUUUCUCAUCCCUUCCGCCAAGGAUUCUUCUCGUGAUUCUGAUGCUUACUCCGUCAAGACAAUUGUCAUCAUCUACGUUUUGCUCGGUGCCAUCAUAGCCGGUGAUAACAUGCUCUACUCAGUCGGUCUUCUCUACCUCUCAGCCUCGACGUAUUCAUUGAUAUGUGCCACCCAAUUGGCAUUCAACGCGGUGUUAUCUUACUUCAUCAACUCUCAGAAAUUCACUGCGUUGAUUUUUAACUCUGUCAUUGUCCUCUCCUUUGCCGCUUCUCUGAUAGCCUUGAACGAUGACUCGGAGAGCCCCACAGGAGUGCCGAGGUCAAAGUACAUUAUCGGGUUUCUCUGUACUCUAGCUGCAUCGGCUCUCUACUCUCUUCUGCUCUCCCUAAUGCAGUUCACCUUCGAGAAGAUUCUGAAGAGAGAAACCUUCUCGGUAGUGCUCGAAAUGCAGAUCUACACAUCCCUCGUGGCCACUCUUGUUUCGGUUGCCGGGCUCUUUGCAAGCGGUGAGUGGAAGACAUUGCACGGCGAGAUGGUGGGAUUCCAGACAGGUCGAGCCUCAUACGUGCUCACGCUCGUCGGGACAGCAGUGACAUGGCAAGUGUGUUCUGUGGGAGUGGUUGGCCUGAUAUUUCUGGUGUCGUCCCUCUUCUCGAACGUGAUCAGCACUCUCUCUCUGGCCACAACUCCGAUCGCGGCUCUCGUGUUCUUCCACGACAAGAUGAGCGGCGUUAAAGUCAUCGCCAUGUUGAUGGCUCUGUGGGGCUCUGCUUCUUACAUCUACCAGAAUUACAUCGACGAUUUGAAAGUGAGAAGAGCACGAGAAGCUCAUGGCGGGCCGCUCUGCUGAUUUUUGCAAGUUGGGGUUCGACUUGUUUAUCUUGUUCUUUUAUGCUAAAUAAUUGUCAUUUGUCUCACAUGAUAGGCAAUUAUCUUAAUCUGAUUGUUACUUACUUUUUUUUUUCCUCCUCUUUGAAGGUGUGUAGUUUCAGGUUAAAGGAAUAUAUAUAUACACACACACACACACUGAUAGGUGAUUUUAUAUUUUGCA